UGGAGUGGGGUCCUGGGGUGCUGGACCGGGGUGUCCGGGCAGAGCUGCAGGGCCCGGCCUGCGGGCGGGGCGGAGAGAGCAGGUCCCAACCCCCAGGCUGGUCUGGAGUCGGGCUUUUUGGCAAAGGAAGUGGCCCCCGCCGCGCUCAGCUGGGGCCGGGCUGGUGGCGGCCACCCCAGCGGGCAACCAGGGCCACUUCCUGGGCCAGUAGGGCCUCCGGCGUGGGGGCCCGUUCUUGCAGCCCAGAGCUGACCCUUCCACCCUGCGUUCGCCCUCAGGCCCCUGGGUCCCUUGCAUCUGCGUUUAGGUGGAGAUUAGGGCACUUUUCCCAGAGUGGCUCCCAGUGCCGAGAGUGCCUGCUUGCUGCGCCCCCGGGUUAUGACGACCCCCGGUAAAGGAAACAAGGCCUUGAAGGUGAAGCGAGAGCCGGGCGAGAAUGGCACCAGCCUGACGGACGAGGAGCUGGUGACCAUGUCGGUGCGGGAGCUGAACCAGCACCUGCGCGGCCUGAGCAAGGAGGAGAUCGUGCAGCUGAAGCAGCGCCGGCGCACGCUCAAGAACCGCGGCUACGCGGCCAGCUGCCGCGUGAAGCGCGUCACGCAGAAGGAGGAGCUGGAGAAGCAGAAGGCCGAGCUGCAGCAGGAGGUGGAGAAGCUGGCCUCGGAGAACGCCAGCAUGCGGCUCGAGCUGGACGCGCUGCGCUCCAAGUACGAGGCGCUGCAGAGCUUCGCCAGGACCGUGGCCCGCAGCCCCGUAGGUCCCGGGAAGCGGGUCCCGGGGUCCAGCGGCACGCUCUCAGGCCUCGAGACGUUUGCUGCGGGGCCGCCGAGGAGGCCCGCUUUGCGUGUGCGGCACACGCAGUUUUUUGUGUGCACGCCGGGCCGGGCACAGCCGAGCACCAAGGGCUCUUGCUCCCUGGGCUGCGGCGGCUGCUAG